UUUACUGCCAUGUGUUGUGUUUACAUAUUAUUUACAAUUCUUAAAAUUUAAAUAAUGUCCGUUGAAGUGUGUUACACAUCGUGCUCGUCUAAUCAAACCCCAACCUGCGUAAACUGGGGUAAAAAUAACUUGAUUUGCUUUGCGUCCUGCAAUUCCAUUCGAAUUUACGAUCCUUGGGUAAGACAUAACCUUCAAAUUGCUCAUUAUUUUCACGUUAUCUUCAAGUGGGGCAGUGGAGGAAAAAUAUUAAACACAUUAUGCGGCCAUACACAACGUGUCAACUCCGUAAAAUGGAUUGCUGGGCCUCGGUGUGAAACCGAGCUUGUUUCCGGUUCAUCGGAUGGAAAUGCUAUUGUUUGGAGUUUGAAGGGUGACGAUUAUGUUUCGUUUGUACUGAGAGGUCACGAAUCAAACGUUAACAUUGUGGACUGUUUAUAUAGAGAUUCUGAAUGCAAAGCUGCAGUAAUAGCCACUGCUUCGUUGGAUUCGACGGUGAAGGUGUGGACCAGGUCAAAUGUGGAUGGUGAUUUUGAAUUAAAACAGAAUCUAGUGUUUGGUUACGGUAUUGCAAUGGCAAUGCGGAUAGCAUUCCUACCGGCCACAACAACUUUGGUUAUGGCUUGCGGCAUGGAUAACUCUAAUAUUCAGCUAUAUGUCGAGGACAAUGACAGAUUUUGCGAAUCUGAAGUUUUGAGGGGGCAUGAGAAUUGGGUGCGAGGUUUAGAUUUUACAGUGGAUGAUCGGGGCGAUUUAAUUUUAGCUUCUUCAUCUCAAGACUCCUUGAUACGUUUGUGGCGGUUUUCACAUGUUUCAACCAAACCUUCUGCAGAUGAGUACGAGUUAAUUUUAAAAAAGAGCCGAGUUAAGACGUCGAAUUAUGACUGUGUGAUAUCAUUAGAGUCAAUACUAGCCGGACAUGAAUCUUGGGUGUAUUCUGUGAAUUGGAACAUGAAAGAUUUCACUGUUCUAUCAGCUUCACUCGAUAAAAGUAUGAUUAUUUGGGGAUAUGAUGCCAAUUCCGGCUUGUGGCUGGAGAAAGUUAGAGUUGGCGAAGUUGGUGGCAAUACUCUUGGUUUUUAUGGGGGAAUGUUUGGGCCGAAUGGUGAUACUAUUUUAGCUCACGGCUAUCAUGGAGCUUUUCAUAUAUGGAGUUGUAGUAAAGAAGGUGAUUCGUGGGAUCCAGUUGUUACUGUAAAUGGACACUUUAAUGAAGUUGCUGACCUGGGUUGGGAGCCACAAGGUGAAUUUUUGCUGUCAGUUUCCACAGAUCAAACUACAAGAAUUCAUGCUCCUUGGACUUUUGGUGAUAAGAUAACUACGUGGCACGAAAUUUCCCGUCCGCAAGUGCACGGAUACGACUUGAGUUGCAUCGCCGUUUUAUCCAGAUACAAAUUUGCGUCCGGCGCCGAAGAAAAGAUAGUCCGAAGUUUCAAGGCUCCUAAGAAUUUUGUACAAAACUUUUGUAGAAUAUGCCACAUUGACGAUAGCUACGAGGAAUCGGCAACUGUAGAACCGAAAGGUGCCGCCGUUCCUUCGCUUGGUUUGUCGAACAAGGCCGUUUAUGAAGAUGACAACGCAGAUCAAGCUACGGCUAAGACUACAAAGGAGCCCUAUCCUGAAGAAUCAUAUUUCAAGGCCGUGGACCUUGCCGAGCCUCCUACUGAGGAAACAUUGCUGCAAAACACUUUAUGGCCUGAGAUUCAAAAGCUGUACGGUCACGGUUACGAAAUCUACUCUUUAGCUGCUAGUCCUGACGGCGUCUUACUUGCUUCAGCUUGUAAAUCGACGACAAAGGAACAUGCAGCAAUUUUAAUAUGGGAUACAUCAACUUGGACCCAAUUACAAAAACUCUAUUCUCACACCCUAACAAUAGUCCAACUCGCCUUUUCCCCUGAUUCCAAACAUUUACUUUCCGUAUCCAGGGAUCGUCGUUGGUCCAUAUUUACUCGAGAUACUGACACCAACACAUUCCAGCUGAAAGGAACAACCGAUAAGAAAACGGGUAUACACACCAGAAUUAUUUGGUGUUGCGCUUGGUCGCACGAUUCGCAAUACUUUGCAACAGGUUCUCGUGAUGGAAAAGUUGUCAUUUGGGGGCGCAAUCCCGAUAAACCGCCAGAGGACGUUCUAGGUCAAUAUGAAGCAGUAGGACAUGUUUUGGAGUUUAAGGGCGAAUCUGUUACCGCACUUGCAUUUGCUCCAGUUACAGUGGAAGGUUCCUAUUUGGUAGGUGUCGGUUUCGAAAGUGGUAUUAUAAAACUGUACCAAUGGAACGUCAAGGGUUGGGAAUUGUUUUCAAUUUUAGAUAAUCGUUCGGCUCAUCACUUGACUGUGAGGCGAUUGAGUUUUCGACCAGUUGUUGGUGAAGCAGGAAGCAAAGUACGAAAUAAUAGAUUGCAAUUGGCAAGUUGUGGUUCUGAUUACACGCUUCGGAUAUACACUAUUAAUGUUAAUGACACAUGAUCGAGAUAAUAAAAUGUAUAUCUGUUUAGAUA